AUGGAGGGUGGUCUGCAGACCUCCAUGUGGGCGGCGGGAAUCCCCUCAUCACGCCGGACAUACGACCUAGACCGGCACGACACAAGGUCCAGGUCGUUGCCGCCGCCCAUGUCCGGCUUCGCAGCGCCCUCAGCAACGUCGACCUCAACGCCCGGCCCACGCACCACCACAACCACCAUCACCUGUCCCUCCCGUGUCAAAUCCUUCCACCGCUUCGCACAGGCCUACCGCCGGGUGCGUUGGAAAUGCAUCGACCUCGGGAACUCAUAUGGUCGUGCCCUGGACCCCGUCGACCGCGAAUUUACUGUAGCCGACGCCGAGAUCAACUUCAAGAUUGAUUUCCACGAAUUCUACGCGUGGGUCGAGAAGGCUAUUGUGCUUUUGCUCCUGGUCUUUGGGACAUCUGUGAAGAGGGGCAGCUCGCGAUACGCCGGUAACUCGUCAUCCCAUGAGUACCAUCACAAUGUGUUGAAGGCGCUCGAGGAGCAAGGAAACCCGCUGUACGGCAUACUGGGAAGUGGAGACGUCCGCAAGGCGCUUUCGGAGGCGAAGAGAUUGCGCAACAAAUGGAAGGAUGCAUCGGGAGACAAGGAGACGCCGCCUCUGAAGAUGUAUAAUUUGCACUGGAUUGUCACCGAGAUACUCGAGGGGCUGAAAGAGGCAUAUCUUUUGGCAGAGAAAGAGGUUGAGGUUGAUUUGAAUAACGGCGAUGGCGACGGCAUGGCUGUGGAGUAUGAAUGGGAGUGGAUGGUUGACAGCAUGGAUUGGGAGGCGUGA